UUAUUCAUCAUUCCCAACCAUCAAAUUCACAAACUCACUUUUCUACUUCACUCUUAAACACAACAAAUUAUCUUGACUAUUCAAAUUCCUAACACACCAACAAAUCAAAACUCUAUAAUAUAAACAGACAUGGAUCAUUUCGCGUCUCUCUACCGCCUAACUGUGGUAUUAGCUGUGGUUACGGCCAUGGCUGCACCGGCCUACGCUCAAAUCACGACGCCAUGUAACAUGUCAAUGAUCAGUAGUACCAUUAGCCCUUGCUUGAGUUUCCUCACAAAUAGUAGUGGCAAUGGAACCUCUCCCACUGCUGAUUGCUGCAAUGCAAUCAAGACCCUCACAAGUGGAAGCAAGGAUUGUAUGUGUCUUAUUGCCACUGGCAAUGUUCCUUUUGCAUUACCAAUCAAUAGAACCUUAGCUAUCUCUCUUCCUCGUGCUUGUAACUUGCCUGGUGUUCCACUUCAAUGCAAAACCUCAGGCUCACCACUUCCUGCUCCAGGACCGGCGUCUUUCGGGCCAUCUCUUUCCCCUGCAUCCACCCCAUCUCUUAGUCCUCAAGCUUCUUCUAUACUUCCCUCACCAGUGACACCUUCUCUGUCACCACAGCCUGAGACAACCAAUCCAUUAUCUCCAUCAGCGAACCCUGAUAUUCCAUCUGCAACGCCCGGAAGUGGCCGCUCUGAUCUGACUCCAUCAUCUGCUGGAUCAUCAUCUUAUAGUCUCCUAUUAUCUGUUUUGGUCAUGGGAUUUUCUAUUUUAAAACACUACUAGGUUGCUGUGUGUGACAUCCUCUAUUGAUUUUAAUGUAUCAAAUUAAUAGGUAGUUGCAAUAAUAUGUGUGGCUAUAUUGCAGGGAGGGUUUUGCUCAAAUUGUUUGGACCCAUAUUGGGGUGGUAUUGGUUUAUUCCUAAGGCACUUGUAUUGUUAUGUAUUAUGUGUGGAUUGAAAAUGAAUUAAUGUUGUUUUACUCUUAUUCA